AUGUUCCCCAAAGAUUACCCAUUUUCACCUCCAAGGUUUCGAUUUAACCCCCCUAUUUAUCAUCCGAAUGUGUAUAAGGAUGGUCUUAUAUGUAUCUCUAUCCUCCAUAAAUCAGGAGAUGCCACCACAGAUGAGCCUGAUGGUGAGACCUGGAGUCCGGCUCAAUCUGUUGAAACAGUGCUUAUCUCGAUUGUGUCACUUUUGUCAGAUCCAAAUAUCAACUCGCCUGCUAAUGUUGAUGCUGCGGUUGCUUGGCGUAAAGACCGCCCUUCGUACAACAAGAGAGUUGCUCAAGACGUAGCUGCUUCUAAGCAAAAUAUCCCCAAAGACUUCAAAAUGCCUUUGCUUGAGUCGGAGGCAUAUGUUGCACCCAAGCCAGCAGAGCCUCGUGAUGACGUCGUAGAUGACGAUUUUUGGUAUGAAUCUGCUGAUGACUCGAUGGAAGAUGAAGACGUCAUGGAGGACGAUGGAGAUGAGUCCGACAAUUUUGAGGACGAAGAUGACGAGGAUGAAGAGGAGUAA